CUCUUCUCGUUGCCUGAAUCGACCUGUAAAACAGUUGCACUUUCAAGAGGCUGAACUUUCAUGCUUUGCGGGAAGACAUUUACUGCAAAAGCUGCCAAACCUGACGGAGGGCCACCAGCUAACUACCCCUCAGAAAUUUAUGACUUUGUACCUGCCAACAUUACUCAUAUUCUGGGAGCCAAACAAAUAGCUUACCUAUGAUAUUUAUGACUUUUCUGUUUGCAGCUACAGCACAAAUAAGGUGAACCUGUUUCUCAAGUGCAUCACUCUAGGAUAGCAGUGGUCAAUAUAUGGUUGGAUCUGCGAGAUGGGUUCUAAAAAUGCUACAUCCUUUCAGAUCUCUUUUGCUGUUCUGUUUGUCCUCAUGACGGCGGUGACCGUGGCCGUCAUUGCAGUUUUCUUCGUUUCUGUCCGAUCGGAAGCUGAUUUAAAAUCCACUGAAGAGCCCUCUACCCAUUACCAGAUCGGUGCUGGGCGUGCUGAUUGCACCGGGCCAAUUGCAAACCUACCUAUGAUGGGAUAUGCCAACCCAGACCAGACGGCUGCAGGACUCCAUACCCGACUCUUCAGUCGAGCUUUUAUUGUAGCGGACCCCAGCACUUCGAAGAGAGUUGUGUUUGUCAGUUCUGACAUUGGAAUGAUAUCUCAAAAGCUCAGACUCGAGGUUUUGAAAAGACUGAAGACCAAAUAUGGGAAUCUUUACAGACAAGACAACGUUGUUUUGAGUGGAACUCACACACAUUCUGGGCCUGCUGGGUAUUUUCAGUAUACGCUCUGUCUCAUCACAAGCAAAGGCUACAUCAAACCAUCCAUCAAUGCCCUAAUUAAUGGCAUAAUAAAGAGCAUCGACAUCGCACACAAGAACAUGAAACCAGGAAAAAUAUUUGUGAACAAGGGAACAGUUGAAGGCAGCAACAUAAACAGGAGCCCAUACUCUUACUUGCAAAACCCAAAAGAAGAACGAGCCAGGUAUAAAUCAAAUACCGACACAGAAUUAGUCCUUCUUAAAAUGGAGGAUCUGGAUGGGCAAGCCAUUGGAAUCCUGAGUUGGUUUGCUGUUCACCCCGUCAGCAUGAACAACAGCAACCACCUGGUUAGCAGUGACAACAUGGGACAUGCUUCAUACCUGUUCGAGCAAGACAAGAAUGUGGGCUGUUUGCCUGGGGAGGGACCUUUUGUGGCGGCAUUUGCUUCUACCAAUCUGGGGGAUGUCUCAGCAAAUACUCUUGGCCCUCACUGCAUCAACACUGGUGAAACAUGUGAUAAUUCUAACAGCACGUGCCCUAUUGGAGGAUCUUCAAUGUGCAUGUCAUCAGGCCCGGGGAAAGAUAUGUUUGAGAGCACUGCAAUCAUUGGACGCAGCAUCUACAAUAAGGCAAAGGAGUUAUUCCGAACAGCCACCAGAGAAAUCAAAGGUCCCAUCAACUUUGCGCAUCAGUGGGUCAACAUGACAGAUGUUACAGUCCAAUUCAAUUCAACACAUAAAGGCCAUACUUGUAAACCUGCCCUUGGAUACAGUUUUGCAGCUGGUACAACUGAUGGAGUGGGAGCCUUUAAUUUUACACAGGGAACUGUUGAAGGAGAUCCGUUUUGGGAUUCCAUCCGGGAUAUGUUGCUGGGAAAACCCUCCAAUGAAACCCAGAAAUGCCACCACCCCAAACCAAUACUUUUCAACACAGGCUACAUGUCAAAACCACUUCCUUGGCAUCCGGAUAUUGUGGACGUGCAAAUUCUUACCAUUGGAACAUUGGCAAUUGUGGCUGUUCCUGGAGAGUUCACAACUAUGUCAGGAAGAAGACUGAGAGAAAAUGUAAAGCGUGAACUUGAAUCCACUGGGACUUUGAAAGAUGUUGAUGUUGUUGUUGCUGGGCUGUGCAAUGUUUACACACAUUAUAUCACAACAUAUGAAGAAUAUCAGGUUCAACGUUAUGAGGGUGCAUCAACGAUAUAUGGUCCGCACACUCUGUCAGCUUACAUACAAUUGUUUAAAGGCUUGGCUAAGGCAAUAGCUGAGAAUUCUGUUGACAAGUUGCCUCAAGGACCGGAACCACCCAAUUACCCAGACAAACUUCUGGUCUCAUUACUGCUUCCUAAUCCCGUUGAUAAAAAGCCAACUAAUACAUCAUUUGGUGAUGUGCUUAUAGAUGUACAAGCAUUAUAUAAACCGGGAGAUAUCGCAGAAGUGACAUUUAUCAGUGGGAAUCCCAGGAACUCGGUUGCUCUUUUGGCUGGAGGAACAUUUCUAACAGUUGAGAGAUAUGACAAUGUGACUGGUGAUUGGACUGUGAUGUAUAAUGAUGCUUCCUGGGAUACCAGAUUGUAUUGGAACAAAGGACUUAAAGGUCACAGCAAUGUCACAGUGGCCUGGCAUAUCCCAUACUCUGUGGAGCUUGGAAUGUACAGAAUAAACCAUUAUGGUCAUUUUAAGACUCUUAAAUUGAUUAAACCAGUCUUCCAUCCUUACUCGGGUUCCUCUUCUCCCUUCCAAGUGAAGAAAUGAAGUUCCAAAAUCAGAAUGUCAUGUUUUUGUUGUACAAUUUGAACAUUCCAGCAGAUUUCUUAUUCAAAUUCCUGCUUACAAUGGGGAAAAGCAGGGAAAUUAAAAAUACUUCACUAAUAUGCCGUUGGCGGAGAUUAUU